AUGGAUAGUACCAGCGAGUCUUCCGUCUGGACCUUCUUUCUCGGCCCGGGACGUGUCAAGCAGACGAUCCAUUCGGAUCUAGCUCGUCAUGUAUCGCCAGAAUUGGAGAAAUUCGUGAAGGAGAAGUCCGUCGUGAAGGAUUCAAAGCUCGGGUCCGGCUCCGUUGUGACAUUGGAGGAAUUCGAUGCCGAAACCUUUGCUGCAUUCUGGGCAUAUACAUACCGAGGCGACUACAAAGCCCCGAAACCACCAGUCCACCGAGAGGAGAAGACAAGACGAGAGAGUGCCCUCAGUCCUACAGGAACAUGGCGAGGCAUGUAUCGCUCGGAGUCAAUGUCAUCUGGUGUGCCACCACCUGCUCCAUCACCACCGGGAUCUGUCUCAUCUGCCAGCCGAUCACCCGAGCCCGAGCCCGAACCCGAACACCAAUCCAAAGCCAGCCCUGUUGCUGGUGAGGAGCCAUUGGCGGAGACCCAAAUGGAGGAUAUACCGGUGGAGGAUACACCUGUAAUGCCUGAAGAUGCCUCCUACGAGGUUGUCGAGCCAGUGGAAGCUGAGGCUCAGCCCGACGUUGAGGCAGACGCAGCACCAGCAGCCAAGACAGACCCUUGGGAUUCUCCAAAAGACACCAAAAACAAGAAAGGAAAGAAAGGCAAAAAGGGAAAGAAGAAGGACCAAGAGUUCACCGAGGAGGCACCUGUCAACUUCACACCGCCAUCGACACCACCUCCUGAAUUCCCAGCAGAUCUAGAUGACGCACAAUUGGGUGUGCCCGAGCAGACUGCCGAGACGAACCCGGUUGACUGGUAUGAUGAACCCUCGGCGCCAGCAGAGCCGGAACCAGCAUAUGAUGCCCCUACCCCUGCCGAGCCCGAGCCGGAGCUUGAAACAGUGGUCGAAGCAGAAAAGCCGACAGAAGAAUGGGAGCAAGCAGAAGAACACGCUCCCGAAGAAGCCCCCCAAGAGCCAUGGGAAGUUGAUGUGGAAGACCAAAAUCAAGCCCCUACCAAGCCAUCUAUCGACAUGUCCUUCGCCAAACAAUCCCAAGCCGACUCAUCCCCCCGCACACCAGGCCUAAGUCUCUGGGGUGAAUUCGCCGCCCUCCAAUACAAUGACGAACAAACCCCAACCCAAACACCCACUACAUCCGAAACCGAAGUUCCCUACCUAACCUUCCACGCCAAGGUAUACGUCUUCGCCACCCGAUUCCUCAUUCCCUCCCUAGCGCAACUCUGUCUCCGCAAGCUCCACCGCGCUCUCCUAAGUCUAGCCCUCGAAGAUGCAGAUGCCAUGACUCCCAUUCUUGAUUCCCAACCUCUUGGCGACUUGGCCACACUCCAAGCUCCAAUGGUCCUUGAUCUGCUUCGUUACACAUACACCCACACAGAUCGGCUAGAGCCGAUUUCUGAAACAGUUGCGACACAAAUUCGGGAGAACGAGCUGCGCCGCUUGGUCGUUCAUUAUGCGGCUUGUAAGUUGAAGUCAUUGGCUAGGUAUCAUUCGCCUGGUGAUAGUGAGGCUGUUACACCGGCUGUUCGUCCGAUGGAAGCUAAGAAUGAGCGGAGUGAGAAUGCACUGCCGCGGAAUCUUCGGGUAUUGCUGGAUACGACGCCGGAGCUGGCCUCUGAUGUUGUUUAUCGGAUGAUGUGA